AGACGUAGUUGAGUUGUUGUUGGGUUUAUGUCUGGCAGCCGUGGACAUGAAAAGUGCGUUUAAAUGGAACGUGCGCGCCUCGUUAGUUUACGCCAUAGGCAUUUGGACAAUGUUUGGAUCAAUGGUGUACUUUAAUUACGGUAAAAAGUGGAAUACCGAUGAAGGGAAGAAAUCACCAUUUGAUAUGGAAGCUGAAGAGUCAGAUAAUUUGAAAGUGAUGAAAAUAUCACCUAACUUUGUGGUGACCGCAACAUACAAGGAAAAUUAUGUACCACUUACAAGCAGAAUUGCCAAGUACCUGAAAUCAUUUGGAAACAGUGCUGAAGACGAUGUCUCUGAAAAGUAAAGACCUUUUCCAGUUGUACUGUAUGUAAAGGAGCCAGACUCUAUUGUGUUGUUCACAUAUUUAUGGAUAAUAUUCAGAUAAACUCACAUUGUUGUAUAUAACAGUCCUUUCAGUUUGAUCAGUUUUUUACAAAAGACAACUGUAUAUAAUAAAACUAUGAAUUUAAAA